CUGAGCUCGGCGUCUUCGCUGGCAGCGUCCCAGCUUCGUGGGCUGCCAUGGGGUUCGAAGGCGCCGGACUCAUCGUCGGCGGGGGACAGCACCGCUGGCAGCGCACGGGCUCGGCCUCCGGUGCAGACGGGCCUGGAGGGCCCUGGACCAGGGUUGCCGGAUCUAGCAGUAACAAAGACACCAAGAUCAGUGACGACAGACAACAACAAAAACCCAGAAUGCCCAGUGAAAUGGGAAUUUCAGAUCAACAAGCAAUGCUUUUUGGGCCCUGCGAGGCGAGAGUUACUGCCCACGAGGAAGCAGAGGCUCAGAGAAGGCGUCCACCUGCCCGGAUCACUCGGGCAGGUGUCCUGGCUGAGGCGGGGACCUUGGGCAGAGCCCCGGUGACAUGGGCUCUGCGUCACCCCUGCUCACUUCCUGGAUGGCAGUUUCGGGAACAGAGAGCCAUCGUGGCAGCCGCCUGGCACUUUCCCCUGCCCCAGCCCUCACCUGUUGGGGAAAGCCCCUGCGGGUCACCUGGGGCUGAAGGCUGGCACAGCCAGGAGCGGGCUGGGGAGUGGGGCGCACAGAGCUCCCAACCCCGAGGCAGGGGGCGUCCGGAGGCAGAGGGAGGUGGGGGGCAGUGGACCGCAGAGCUACCUUGGCCAUGUGGCUUCCUGCCCCACGGCCCCUUGUCAGCAAGCAGGGCCUCACUGACACCCCAGGUGUGCCCUGUACCAAGAGGGGGUGCCUGGAGUCCCCCCUCUCCCCACCUGUGUGCCCUUGGGGAAGCCUUAGCCCUUCUCUGGGCCUGAGCCCCUCCUCUCUACAAAGAAGCAUUCGUUCAUUCGCCCACUCACACAGUCGUUCAUCUAUUUGUGCUUUACUUCCAGAUAUUUCUUGAGCACCUACUAUGUGCUGGGUACUGUUCUAGGCACAGGGCAUGGGGCAUGAGAGAACAAGACAGACUAAAAGCUUUGCUCUCAUGGAGCUGAUGGUGUAAUGGGGGAGAGAGACAACAGACACAUAAGGAAAAUAAUUUGGGAUAGGGAAGGCACUAAGAUGGAAACAAACAGGGAGUGGCGAUGGGGUGUGACUGGAGGGGCCCCUGAGCCAGGGCAGUCUGGGAGCUCUCUGAGCUGGUGAUGUGUGAGCAAAGACCCAACUGGUAGAAGGAGCUGGCUCAGUGGCGCCGUGGGGAAGGUGCGCGCAUGAACAGCAAGUGCAAAGGCCCUGGGGCAGAGCAAGCUGGUGCCUGUGGGAGAAGGUGUUGCUAGAACUCAGUAAGCGAGG